AUGACCUCCCCGAGAGAUAAUAGCGAUGAUAUCAAUACCACAUCCACAUCCGCCAACGACCCGGAUGACGUCCACCAGGCGGAUCGGCCAAGCUACAGCACCUUUGCCUGCAUCGGCACCGGCUUCUCGGGCAUCUGCCUGGGCGCGACGCUGGCCCGAUGGUACGGUCUGACGGCGGGGGGGCAGGGCGGCCACCACCACCUCCGGCUCUUCUCGCGCGACCCGGGGCCCGGCGGCACCUGGCUGGUCAACGACUACCCGGGCGCGGCCUGCGACGUGCCCAGCGCGCUCUACUCCUUCUCCUUCGCGCCCAACCCGGCCUGGACCCGCGUGCUGCCGCCCGCCGCCGAGCUGCGCGCCUACCUCGCCGCUGUCGCCGACCGCUACCGCGUCACCGACGGUAUGGUCUUCAACGCCGACGUCUUCCGCUGCGUCUGGAUCGAGGACCGCGCCGUCUGGCGCCUCUGGGUGCGCAGGGAAGAGAGAGGGCGAGGAGGGAAAUGGAAAGUCCGCGUGCUGGUGCACGAGUGCCGCUACCUGUUCUCGGCGACCGGCCUGUUCACGCAGCCGCGGGAGCUGGACGUGCCCGGACUCGAGCGGUUCCGCGGGCCCGUGUUCCACUCGGCCCGGUGGCGGUCCGACGUCGACCUGACGGGCAAGCGGGUCGUCCUCUUCGGCAACGGGUGCACCGCCGCCCAGAUCGUGCCGGCCAUCGCGGGCCGGGUCCGGCACCUGACCCAGGUGGUGCGGUCCAAGCACUGGGUCUACCCGCCCAUCGACCGGCGGAUCCCCGGCGCCGUCCGGGCCCUGCUGGCCGCCGUCCCGGGCCUGACCAGGCUGCAGCGCUUCCUCGUCUACGUACUCGCCGAGGCGUCCUGGAGAGGGUUCAAGCUGACCGAGGACGGGGCGCGGUACCGGCGCAAGAUGCGGGAACGGGCGGAGGAGUACAUGCGCCGGACCGCCCCGGCCGAGUACCACGACAUGCUCAUCCCGGACUUCGAGGUCGGCUGCAAGCGGCGCAUCUUCGACUCGGGCUACCUCGAGACCCUGCACGCCGAGAACGUCACGCUGACCGACGAGCCCGUCGCCGAGAUCCUGCCGGACGGGUUGCGCAUGCGGAGCGGCACGGUCGUCGAGGCAGACGUCAUCAUCAUGGCCAACGGCUUCGCCACCAACCAGUACCUCCCCGGCGUCGAGGUCGUCGGCCGCGACGGCGAGACCCUCGCCCAACACUGGGAGUCCUUUGGCGGGCCCGAAGCGUACAACUGUACCUCCCUCAGCGGGUUCCCCAACAUGUUUUUUCUUCUCGGCCCCAACACCGCCACGGGACACACCUCGGCCGUCAUGGCGAUCGAGAACGCGGUCAACUAUGCGCUGCGCGUGCUGCGGCCCGCCCUGGACGGCCGCGCCGGCGUCGUCGUCAGCCUCAAGCGGCCCGCCGAGGAGGCGUUCGCGCGCCGCAUCCAGAGCGCCCUGCGCCGCACCGUCUGGUCGUCCGGCUGCAGCAGCUGGUACGUCCGCGGGCCCGGCGGCAAGGCCUGGAACGCCAUGACCUACCCCUGGAGCCAGGCCCGCUACUGGUACGAGAGCCUGUUUCCCGUCUGGCGGGACUGGGAGUACACGGUGCGUUUUUUCUUUAAUAUUUCUCAUCUAAUUAUCGUUCUUUUGUUUCUCUCUCAUUUCCGUUCUUUUUUUGUCCGCUCUCCCAACUGA